AUGGCAAAGACUAAACAAACAGGAAUAACAUACACUCCUCCCAUGAAGAAACGAUUGCCUCAGCUGUAUAAGCUCAAGGAGAAAACUACAGCCAGAGGAUCCAGAUCAUCUUGGGUGAAAGACUCAUGGUCUCCGAAAGCAAAGUCGGGUCAGAAUGCAUAUCUCCGGCAAUGGAAGGGCAAGUUCAAAGACUAUAUAAACUUACUCAUGGUCAGAGAAGCCCCUCCGGCAGACCGACUUUGCUCAGUGUGCAAGAAGGAUGGGGUGUAUAAAUGCCAUGGCUGUUUCAAUGAGCCCCUCUUUUGCACAGACUGCUGCAGAAUCCAGCAUCAAAGACAUCCAUUCCAUCGCAUCAAAACUUCACUCAUUAAAGUCGGCCUCCACAUUCACCUCGCUCAUGACGGCACUCCAUGUCCCAGCAGCACAGAUUACAUGUCAGACGUCUUUGAAUGGUCAGAUACCGAUGAAAAUAUAGACUACAACGACUAUCCGGAGGGACCUUCUACCCCACCGGUCACAAAUUCAGAUCAUCCGGCCAUAACUGUAGUGGACAAGUCCGGAGUUCACUCUCUUUCCAUAUGGUAUUGCCACUGCCCCGGUUCUCUCAACCAAGACAUGCAGCUCUUCCAAGCAGGCUUGUUCCCAGCUUCUUUCACCAGACCGAAAACUGCAUUUACAUUCUCUGUCUUGGACGACUUUCUGCUAGAUAAUCUCGAGUGCGGGACAUCAGCGAUGAAUUACUACAGCAAAAUUCGCAGACUAACCUCAAGCAUCUUUCCACUGAUGGUUCCGGAUCGCUACAGAGAGCUCAUGAGAACUUCCAGGCAGUGGCGACAAUGCAAGCUUUACAAGUGGCAUGGAUUUGCCCACAAAGAUGACCAGCCAAUGGCCGGUGAUCUCGCCCUAUUUUGCCCCGCAUGUCCGCAACCUGGGAUAAACUUGGACCUGUCUACCGGUGUAGUCACCCAGCCUGACGACGCACCUUCUUGGCUCAUCACCAGGUCUUUGGUCAUGGAUGGUAAUUUUAAAGCCGAGCACAUGCAUCCGGUGAAUCCAUCCGACGAAGUAUCAUUGAUGGAUGGUCUCGCAUUCAUGGUCUCCGAUGAAAGAUACAAGAGUCAUUUGUCCGUUGCUCAAGACCAUGUCCAAAAGUCAGAUUGCAACAAUCACCGGGCGGUCAAUCAAGCAAACGCCUCCCGGCAAAGGCUGGAAGCCACCGGUAUAGGAGGGUGUGCAUGUGCACGGCAUGGAUGUUUUGUCCCACAUUCCAUGGUGGAUUUUCAGAGGGGCGAAAGGCAGAUGAACAUGGACUAUGCGUUGAGUCAAGCACUCAACUAUAAGACCGAUGGAAUCUCUCGAGCCAUAACUUUCUAUGACAUAAAUUGUCAGUAUAACAAGUAUUUGAAGGACCGGAUCGCUUCCAGUAUAUAUCUUUCCAUCCCCAUCGGCAUGGAUAUCAUUCCCGGAAUAGGUUUGUGGCAUGUACAUGGCCAUCAAGACAGCUGCUUUGUCCGGUAUGCAUCAAAUUUCAUCCACGGGGCUGGCAGGAUAGAUGGAGAGAUCAUGGAGACCCUCUGGGCGCCUUUGAAUAUCAUCUCCCCAUCAGCCAGGGGCAUGGGAACCCCGCAUCGCAAGGAGGUAUUGGAUUAUCAGAUGAAUGAUUGCAACUUCAUGAAAAUGAUUCGCAUCACUAAGUUUCUCUGCAGAAAGUUAAAAGAGGCAAUCAAGGGUGCUGCGGAGAGCAAAAUUGCAUUCCAAAAUCUCAGCGAAACAGCUCACCCUGACAUGGUCAUUCUUUGGGAGGCAGAGGAGGCACUCGCUCAUGCGAACAGACUGGAUGAUCCGACAGCUAUGGACAUCUAUGAGGUCCGGUUGGAAAAGGCUCCCACUAGAAAACAGCAGGAGUUGCGCCUCCUGCAGGCUCAAAAUCGCCCAGAACAUCCGGUUACCAACUCCCCUGGUCGCCGAGGAGCUGCCACCUGGCUCGCAACCGGUCUCACCAUAGAGGAAUCUCAAAUCUCUCUUGCUAGGGAUGUGAAACAGCUGGGAAAGCAUCCCACAGACAUGCAAUUAUUGAGAGUGGCCCGACUCCGAGACAAGCUUCAAACUCACAUCACAAGCUUUCUCAUGGUGGCACCUACUUAUCUCGGAGUUCAAGUCGAUGUCAACGACCCGGAUUUGCUGGUCAACAGAGUUUGUAAUUCACUCCCGGAUGAUUAUGAAGACGACUCCGAUCUCGAUGAUGAUCCGGAGCCGGAUAUACACGAUACUUCCAUAUUUCAACCGGAGCUCACUGUCAUACCCCUGCCAUCCAAUAUUGGUCAGGUCAGGUGCAAGGAUUUAGGUCUUAUGGAUCUCAUGAAAGAAGAAACUACCCUUCGUGAAGGCCAGGCCAAUGAUGCACUCCAUGCCAUUAGAGUUCAUUUGGUAGAUAAAGCCGUCAUAUUCCGCAAUACUGUCCGGUCAGCCAAGUCACAGGCCUCAUCCACCAGGGCAUGGACUCAAGUUCGCUCGGUGGAAACAGCAGUAAAUCUCAAUGCCAGUAUAUAUUCGAAAUGCAGGUUGCAACUGGCUAAUCUCCCUGACCACGACCUCUUGAAGAAAUACCUUCCUUUGAAGAAAGAAGACCUGAAAGCAAGCUCUGCAGUGGCCGAUCCCAAUGCACGUGGUCAGAGGGACACGACUCUUUCAUGGUUCUGGUCCUUGGAUGUUCAGGGCGACACAUCAGGCAAUGACUGGAUGACAGAAUUUUAUCGGGUGAAUUGGCUCCGGACGAAAGCACUGCGUGAUCGUUGGAAUGAGGAGGUUAUUCUUGUCAAACAUGAAAUGCAGUGGUCCAUUAAUUUCUUUAACCACAAAGCCAAGCAAUGGCUCAUUCAUGGUACCGGUCGGAUAGUUCAUGCCACCGGUCGGAUGGUUCAUGGUACCGGUCGGAUGGUUCAUGCCAUCGGUCAGAUGGUUCAUGGUACCGGGCGGGUGGUUCAUGGUACUGGGCGGGUGGUUCAUGUUACCGGUUGGAUAUAUAGUUCAUGGUGCCGGGUGGAUAGUUCUUGGUACCGGUUGGACAGUUCUUGGUACCGGUUGAAUCUUUCAUAA